AGCAGGCGGCGGCGGUGCUAGGGCCGUCCGUCUGGUGGCUGCGGCGGGAGUCGGUGAGCGGCCCGGCGAGGUGCGGGGCGGUGAGGUCGGCUGAGCGGGCGCGGGGCUUCCAGAGGGCGGCGGAGGCCCUCGGCCCUGCCCGGGGCGGCGGGCGGGCGGGGUCCGGCCUCUAGGCUGCGCCCCGGGCAUGUGGUCUGGCCACGGAUCCCCGCCAUGGUGAAGGUUUACCGGGAACCUCUUUGCCACCUGGGCGUCCGGGUGCAGAGAAUUUGGAGUUCUGGUUUCUCCGGACUUUAUCUUUUCACCCUAUUGUGCAAACAAAGCGUAUUCAUUAGAGACGGUUAGAUAAGACAGGAAUGUUGGUUAUUUCAGUCUCUUGCCAGUGACUUCUGAUUUCCCAGCAAAUGGCAUUGUCCACUGCAGUGCAAAGAAGAUACUCCCAAGGACCCAGCAGUGACACAGCUACGACAGACUUAUUUCGUGAUCUGCUGGGUAGACCCUGAACAGGAGCAAUGCCUCCAGGAAGGUGGUAUGCUGUUCGUUCAGCUCAGGCCCAGACUUCGAGGGAGCGAGGGCGCCUUCAGAUGGUUAAGAAGGAAGAAGAGGAUGAAGGCUACACUUCAUUGCAGGCUGCCAGGCCACAGACACUCAACCGUCCUGGCCAGGAGCUGUUCCGUCAGCUCUUUAGGCAGCUUCGCUACUAUGAGUCUUCUGGGCCCCUAGAAACUCUGAGCCGGCUUCAAGAGCUCUGCCGCUGGUGGCUGAGGCCCGAUGUUCUCUCCAAGGAGCAGAUGCUGGAGCUGCUGGUGCUGGAGCAGUUCCUGAGCAUCCUGCCUGCGGAGCUCCGGACCUGGGUGCAGCUGCAUCACCCUGAGAGUGGUGGAGAGGCUGUGGCCUUGCUGGAGGAACUGCAGAGGGACCCCGAUGGGGCAUCACAGAGGGACCCAGGCCCUGCCCAGAGCCCAGAUGUGCAUUGGAUGGGUACAGGAGCCCUGCGAUCUGCACAGAUAUGGCCCCCUGCUUCACCUCUCAGCAGCAGCUCUGCCCUGGUGGACCACCUGAAGCCUCCCUGUGAAAUAGAUCCUCUUACUUCCCAAGGGACUGCCCUUUCUCCGAGAGAAGGGUGCCCAGGAAACCAGCUGAUGGUAACCAGUUCCUUGACAGCCCAGCCCCAGGAGGCUAUGACUUUCAAAGAUGUGGAGGUGACCUUCUCCCAGGAUGAAUGGGGAUGGCUGGACCCGGCUCAGAGAAACCUGUACAGGGAUGUGAUGUUGGAGAAUUAUGGGCACGUGGCUUCUCUGGUGGGACCCUUCACCAAACCUGCUGUGAUCUCCUGGUUGGAAGCAAGGGAGCCGUGGGGCCUGAAUGUCCAGGCAUCUCAGCCUAAGAAGAAUCCAGGUGCUGCCCUUAUAGGAGGUGAGCUUCAGAUUAAAACAAACAAGUUCAUCUUAAAUCGGGAAACUUUGGAAGAAGCAGAAACCUUAGCUGUGCCAUCAGGAUGUCUUGUGACAAGUGUUUCUGCAGGAACAGGGCUCAGAGAAUCUUCUGAACAGAACAAGUUGAAGGAGCAAUGUGGAAACCCCAUGCAAGUGAGAGUUAAGAGAGAAAAAAUCGAUUUUAGUCACAGGACAGGAAAAGAAUCUGAAAUAUCAGGAAGAAGUAGUAGUCUUGACCUAAAAUAUGUUACAUAUUUGAGAGUUUCCGGAAGAAAGCUAUCCGUUAAACAUGGCUGUGGCAGACACUUCAGAACAAGUUCACACCACAGUGACUACAAGAAAUAUGGGAAGGGGCUCAGACACAUGAUUGGGGGGUUUAGCCUACAUCAGAGAAUUCAUACUGGACUGAAAGGGGAUGAAAAGGACACAUGUGGAAAAGACUUCAGCCAUCACCAACAUGGGCAGAGUCAUCACAAGGUGAGGAUGUCAUAUAGGUGUGGUGACUGUGGGAAGACCUUCAAUCGUAGCUCCAAUCUUGCAGAUCAUCAGAGACUUCACUCUCAAGAGAAACCGUUUAAAUGUAGGGUGUGUAGGAAGGCCUUCAGGUGGAGCUCCAACUGUGUGCGACAUGAGAAAAUUCACACUGGCGUGAAACCUUAUAAAUGCAGUUUAUGUGAGAAAGCUUUUUGUCGUUUGUCAGCCUGCCAUCAGCACCAGGAAACCCAUGCUAAGAAGAAAUUUCUUGAAUCAAAUCAGUAUGGAGAAGUUCUCUCCUGCAGCUCAGGGUUUGAUCAUCAUCCAGGAGACCAAACUGGGAAGAAACCCUUUGACUGCAGCCAGUGUAGGAAGUCAUUCCACUGUAAAUCAUACAUUCUUAAACACCAAAGGGUUCACACCCAGGAGAAACCCUAUAAAUGUACCAAAUGUAGGAAAACCUUUAGGUGGAGGUCAAACUUUAAUCGUCAUAUGAGGUUGCACCAGGAGGAGAAGUUCUACGAACGAGGAAAAUGUCAAGAAGACUUCAGGCAGACUCCCAACUGCAGUCAGCCCCAGGGUGCCCCCACUGUGGAGAAAAGAUUUCUGUGUCAGCAGUGUGGGAAAACCUUCACUAGAAAGAAAACCCUCACUGAUCAUCAGAGGGUUCACACAGGUGAAAAACCAUACCGAUGCAGCGAAUGUGCAAAAGAGUUUACCUACAGGUCAGCCUUUAUUGUCCAUAAGAAGCAGCAUGCAAUGAAAAGAAAGGUUGAGGGUGGACCAUCUUUUGGUCAGGACAGAGUGUUCCAAGUUCCUCAGAGCAGUCACACCACAGAAGAGCACUACAAAUGUAGCCAGUGUGGCAAAACCUUCCGUCAUCGCUCAUUCCUACUCCUCCAUGAAAGAGUUCACACUGGAGAGAAGCCUUAUAAGUGCAGGGAGUGUGGGAAAGCCUUCAGAUGGCGCUCCAAUCUCUACCGACAUCAGAAGCUUCACUCUUGGCAAAAACAGUAUGAGUGUCAUGAAACUGAGAACACUCCAGAUCCACAGUCAAAAGUCCUCACUGAUGGAAAACGUUUUUGGUGUCAAGAAUGUGGGAAAACCUUUACACGUAAAAGAACUCUUUUAGAUCAUAAGGGAAUACAUAGUGGAGAGAAGCGCUAUAAAUGUAAUCUGUGUGGGAAAUCUUAUGAUAGAAAUUAUCGCCUUGUUAAUCAUCAGAGAAUACAUACUGAUGAGAGACCUUUUAAAUGCCAGUGGUGUGGGAAAGAUUUCAUUGGGAGAGACACCCUUUCUAAUCACCUGAGAAAACACAGUGGAGCGGCACAGUCUGAAUGCAGUCUACCUGAGUUGUCUUCCUGUCAGGACACAAGGUUCAGUUUACGGGAAUUAAAACCAAGUGGGGGUAAGCCCCUUGAAGAUUGUAAGCAAGCUUGUGAUCAGAGCUCCAGGCUACCCAGACUCCAGGACAUACCCACUGAGGAAAAGUGCCACAAAUGUAGCAUAUGUGGGAAAACAUUUAAUAAGCGUUCACAACUCAUUAGCCACAAGAGAUUCCAUACUCGAGAGAGGCCCUUUGAAUGCAGAGAGUGUGGGAAGACCUUCCGAUGGUCUUCAAAUUUGUCUCGACAUUUGAAAAACCAUCUUACAGAUUAGCCUGGGACCUGACGACGACGGAGGCAUGGGAAGUGGUUCCUAGCUGCCCUGCUAGAGAACCCUUAAUGGUAGGCAGUGAGGGGAGAGCCUUCACAAAGGGCCCAGCCCUUUCUGUUUUGGAAGCUUGGUGGCAGGGAAUCCUGAGGAUCUAAAAGUUCAGGGAGUCCCCAGCUUACCUGCUGGAAAAUGGUACUGGGCAAGAGCAGCAGCAUGUUCUUUGGCCCUUCUGGAGGCUCCAGCCCCUAGGAUUGGCCUUUGCACAAUAACCUGGGGCUCCCCCAGCCAGGUCUCCUUCUACAACUCAGAGAGAUGAUUGCCCUUUGUGACUGGACGAAAUGUCUGGCAUGGUGGGCUGUGGCUGCUGGGAAGGGGCCAGUUGGAUCCAAAGUUUCUUUUUGAGUUUGGCCUGUGGUGGUGCCUGUUCUGUUGACUUUAAAAGUACAGCAGCAGCAGCAGCAGCAGCAGCAGCAACAUCAAGAACUCCUAAUCUCUUCAGAUGCCUCCUAGUCUCUCCAGAUGUUCUGCCUGGAGCUUCAGCCUUCAUAGCUGGCUUUUGGAUAUCUGCCAGGGGGUUAGAGUUUUCUCAGCAGCAGGUGGAGAACAGGAUGCUGGCUCAGUCAUUUGGCACUGGAGCUCUACUGGUACCCCAUCUCCUUGGCCAUCUGUUCAGCAGAAUUGUACUGAGCACCUCCCAUAUGCCAGGCACUGGUGUGUGUACCAGAAACCCAGCAGUGACUGAAACAGACAAAAAUCCUGCUGUCUUGGUUCUUUACAGAUGAUAAACAAAUGAGAUAUAUAGUAUUCUGGAUGGUGAUGUGUGUCAUGGACAAAGUAAAUCAGAGAAGAGUGAGAGGGGGUGCAAGAUUGGGAGGUGGGUUGUGAUUUUAAAUUGGCUGGUCAGUGAGGGCCUCAACUGAGAGGGUGAAAUUUGAACAAAGACCUGAAGGAGGUCAGGGAGUGUGCCAUGUGUAUUUCUAGAGAGAGUUGCAGGCAGAGGAGGUGCAGUCUUGUCUGGUGUCCCUAGGGAAUAGCAAGGGGGCCCCUGGGGGAGAGUGGAGUGAGCCAGCUCGAAAAGGAGGAGAGGGGGUCAGAGAGGAGACAGGCCAGGCUGUGUGAGCAUCACAGGCCAUCCCUAAGGCUUGGGCAACCUCAGGGAGGUAGGGAGCUUUUGAACAGUUUUGAGUUGAGGAGUGAUAUGACCUGAAUCUGAAUAAAAUUUUAUAAGCGUUAACCACAGUCCCAAGAAUUCAGAAAAAUGGUAUGGCUGAAAGAUUUUUAUGCAGUUAUCUCUGCUGCCAGUUUCUGUGAAUGGGACUCCCCAUUUCUGAAUUUUCUGUUGAGUCCUCCAUCCCUCAGCAGAUGUAAAUACUGCAUUUAGAUCUCUAGUCUCUGCACACUGCAGGCACCCUCUCACCUUCAUGUAGCCCUCCAUGUGUAGGGUCUGGCACUGGCAUUAGGUUUAACCCAAAGGUACCAGUGCACAUGCCUGCUGCCCUCAGAAGAAAAGGUGGCCUGGUGGGGAGGUGCCCCCAUCUCACUUGCCAACCCACUUGUGUUGAAGACAAGAGACAUCUCAGUGAUAUAAAGUAAAGGAGUGAUAUUUCUAAAGUUUAUGUAAGUAAUCAUUGUUUCUGAUUAUUGAAUAGCUCAGAUUGUAAACGUAAGGAUAAAAUGUCUCAAUAGUAGAACAACAACUCAGACUGUACUUUACUGCUGUGAAUAGGGACAUACUCGUGGAGCAGGGUGUUUCUUGGAAUGAGAUGAAACCAACCUGGAAAUGUCUUUUUCAAUAGAGUGCCGAGUAAUCUUAUCCUCUGGAUUGCCAUGGGCAGUUGAAAAUGAAGGUUCUGAUAUUGUAUGGUGGUGUCUUACGGGAUGGGUAGAAGGUGGAGCAGGCUCCUCCUGUUGAUGUUCUGGUGCCCAUCCAGCGUUGUACGUGGGAAGGUUUGGCAGUGCCAUCCUCUUGCCUACCUACAGUAGCAGCUGCCCACGGGCUAGAAUCAGGUGUCCCUUCACUGAUACAAUUCCUAAAACUGGCACUAGAAGUGGCUGGGUAUGGGCCAGAGUUCUGUGUGCUUAGGGGCCAGGGUAAUGGGAAGGGCUUGGAAUCAUCAGAUCUGGGUUCCAGGUCUGGUGUGCCUUUUCAUGAUGAUCUUGGGCAAACCAUUGAACCUCUGCAUUGAUUUCUUCAUGUGUAUAAAAUUAAGAGUACCUGGCUGGGCUGUUUGACUCCUGGGAUUCAUAAAAGAGGGUUUGGUUUACUAAGGCUCUGGGUUAGGUGUUGACCUCUAGGACCAGAGUCCUCACAGAGGUGCCGUUCCCAUGUCAGUUGGUGCCACAAUCAUAGAAAUACCUUUACUAAUACCAUAUUUUCAUUCCCCCACUCCCUGUGCAUUUGGCACCUCAUAAAGUUCCUGCCUUGUUUUUGUUGCCAUUUUUUGUAGAAUGAGAUAUACUUAUCUUUAGACAUUCCAAUCAAAUUUUUAAAUGUACAAAAGAUGAAAUAGAAGUCCUUUCUAUACUGAAUAUUAAUUAACAACUAAUAUUUUGGGAUUGUACUGAUGCAGUCUGUUCAAUAACCUGAGUUUUCAGAUAAUCUUAGUUCUAUAAGUAACAUAUGAUUAUUAUAGAAAUAUUAGUAAAUACAGAUUAAUUAAAAGAAGAAAAAGGUAAAAAUCUGACUACUUGGAGCUAACUGCUAAACAUUUUGGUGUAAUCAGUGUAGGCUUUGAUUUCACCACCCCUCCCUGAGCACUCCUGGACUGUCCUGCCUUGUGCUGCCUCCCUUCACUUGAGUACCACACCUCUGUCUGUGCCAGUUCAGGUCUUCAAUCUCCAAGGCCAGGCCUGACCUGACACUCAUCCCUCUAAGCCCUCUCCCCCGGCCCCACCUCUCCUGGUGCCUGUAUCUGGUCCUGUUAGGUGUUGUCUGUGUGUUGUCUGGGUUACCAGCUAUGCCCAUCACCACAGCUAGACCAAACACUGUGGGGGCCAGGGUUGGGUGCUUGUUUAUCUGUUUGCCAUGCAGAGGAGAUUUUGCACAAAGUUGCCUUUUAAGGAAGCUAGAACUGAAUUUAGUUCAGCUAAGUCAAGGCUGGGGUUUUUUGAAGGGGCCUUGGAGUGAAAUGUUGACUGGAAGCCACCACAAGCACACACCUGCUAGUUAGGCACCCAGCUGUGGGUGGUUCUGAGCUGCAUGGCUCCGUUCAGUUUCUGGUUGCCCCAGCCACCAUUCUCAUUUUGUACCCCCAUCUUGGCCUGGAGAAUAUGCUUCUUCCAACCCUGCCUGCCUAUUCUCCACCUAACUUGUGUUUCACUUUUUCUGUAAAAUGGGAUAGUAGUACCAAUCUCACUGGGUGAUUGGGGUGGGGGUACAGUCAGUGAAAUAAUGCAUGUAAAGCUCUUAGGAUAGUCUCUGGCAUGUGAGCAUUGUUGGCAUAUAAAUAGUGUUGUUACUGUUUUGCAGUCGUCUGUUUUCUGUGGGUUGAAAUGACAUGAAGUGAGAGUAUAAAAUCAUGUACUGAAAUGACAUAUGCAAGUCUCUGCUCUGCCUUUCCAGGGCAGGAGAUGUUGAUGGAAUCAGGGAGGGCACACGGGGGCUUCAGUGGUUUUUUUUUUUCUUUCCAAAAAUUGAUGCAGAUGCAUCACAACAUUAAGAUUCAACAGGAUAAUGUG